AUGGCGAUGGAUGCUAGCGGGAUACCUCGCCCCCCUCGGCACUUACUGGCUCCUGAGCGGAGACCCACUGUGAUUCUGGCCGACUUACUAGAAAUCGAGGAAAUUGCUAUGAGGAAACUGGGUGAGAUGGAUAGGGCAUCGCUCAUCUACGACAUGUUUGGCUUUAUCAUGCCGAACGCAACGUUUAGUAUGAAGACAAAUGACAAGUUGAAGUCUUAA